CUAAGACUAUCCGUCUAUCAAAGCAGGCUCUGCGUUUCAUUGGUGAAAGACUAGCCGUCGUCCCUGACUCUCGCGGUACUGCUGCACGAAGAUGGCGGCCGAACUGGUGGAAGCGAUGAACAUGGUCAAAAGUUUCCGGGUCUCAGACCUGCAGACGCUGCUGGCCUCAAUGGGUCGCAGCAAAAGUGGGCUGAAACAGGACCUGGUGGGGCGUGCUCUGAGGCUAGUGCAGACUGAAUACAGCCCAGAGCUUCUGAAGAACGUCAGACAGCUCUAUGAGUCGCGCUUCCCCAAAACAUCUGGCUGGCUUGCGGCACGGCGUCCAGAGGGCGUCCCAGUUGCAUACUCAUCCCUCAGCUCCUCCCCCACUGCCACCUCUCAGGGCGCAGACUACCUCAAUGGCAUUUCCAAACCGAUCCCCACACCUGCAGCAGAGGUCAAGCUGGUGCCACUGCCCUUCUACCAAACUUUGGAGACACUGUUGCCACCAACAGAGCUAAUUGCCCAGAACAAUGAGAAACUGCAGGACAGUCAAUGCAUAUUUGAAUUAACACCGAACCAAGCAGACCAGAUCAGAAAUGCAACUGAGAUUCGUCCAGGAAUCAGAUCAAUCCAAGUGGUUCUUAGAAUCUGUUACACAGACUCCAUUGGUGUUCAGGAGGACCAGUAUCCUCCCAACAUUGCUGUUAAAGUCAACCAGUCCUACUGUCAUGUGCCGGGCUAUUACCCCUCUAAUAAGCCUGGUGUUGAACCCCGUCGUCCUUGUCGUCCUGUAAACAUCACUCCCUGGUUGCAUCUCUCCAAUGUCACCAACAGAGUCACCGUCACCUGGGGGAACUUCGGCAAGCGGUACUCUGUGGCAGUGUAUUUAGUGAGGGUUUUCACUGCAGCAGACCUCUUCAGCCAACUCAAACUCUGCUCUGUCGAGAGUGCAGAACGCUGUCGUGAACGCAUCCAAGACAAAUUACGUUUUGACCCAGAGAGUGAAAUUGCAACUACAGGCCUCCGGGUUUCUCUCAUCUGUCCAUUGGUGAAGAUGCGGCUCGGUGUGCCAUGUCGAGUUUUAACUUGUGCCCACCUUCAGUGUUUCGACGCAGUCUUCUUCCUGCAGAUGAAUGAGAAGAAGCCCACAUGGACUUGCCCCGUCUGUGACAAGCCCGCUCCCUUUGAGCUGCUCACUAUUGAUGGGCUGCUAUCUGAGAUUCUGAAAGAGACGAGUGAGGACAUUGAGGAGAUUGAGUACUUAACCGACGGCUCCUGGCGACCCAUCAGAGAUGACAAGGAGAGGGACAGGGAAAGAGAACGCAGCAACACACCAGAGUAUCCUGUUGUUGAUAUAUGCAUUCCUGAGGCAAACGGUCAUUCACCGGCCCACAGCAGCACCAGCCUGACGGGCAAAUCUGGAAGCAGUUCCGUGGGGAUGGCAGGAGUCACAGGAGGACCUGCUGUGGCACCGGGAGGAGGUGCAGUGGUAGAUCUGACUCUUGACUCCUCCUCUGAGGAGGAAGGGGGCGGGGCAGGAGGAGACAGUGAGGACACUGAGGACAGCGCCGACAGUCCUGCCCCUAAGAGGGGCCGAUACAACUACGACAAGGACCUGGUCACUGCCUACUGACCCCACAGCUCUGUCCCCUCAUAGACUGACACACACACAGAGACAGAGAGGCAGGGGGCUAAAAACUUGAGGACAGGAACACCGUAAUCCACUAGAUGCAACGACCCUCCCUUAUGCCCAAACGCCAGAGCCUUUCAGCAGCUCUGGUUUAUAUCCAGACAAAACAAACACACUCAAACAUGCACUGUUAGUGAAUCUUCAAUCUAGAGUGAUUAGGAUUCCUCUUUGUACUGUACACCACUGGAAGCAACUCUAAGUCUUUUUGGCCAACCGUCACCUUGCAGUGAAAAUCUGUACCGUCCUGCCUCUAUUAAAGAGACCGAAUGGAUCGAGCACCCCCCCCCCCUCCUCUUCCUCCUCUUUCUCCAGACUAUUCCCUCUCCACCACCGCAUCUCUCUUUGUAUUUGACUUGGAAUUAGCGGCUCUUUUAGCCAUGGGCGUUCAAUGUUUGCGUCUCUGAUUUUUGUCACAUUUGUGAUGAACAGGCAAGUUAAAAAUGGAAGCUCCCCAGUAGUUUUUGGUAGAAGGUCAAAAGCAACUAAUGGAAAAGAGCAUGAAUAAUUUGGGGGAGGACAAGGCAGAGAUAUCUGGAGUGUGAUGCAAAUUUAAACCUCUCCCAUUGUGUUAUUAUUUCUUUGUUCAGAGAAUGAAUUCAAAGCUUGAAAGGGUUUUUUCAGGAAUUUAUCCUUUUAAUUAUGAAAGGGCAGAACACAAUACUGGCCUCAAUGUGUGAUGCUUUCCAUUUUUAUUUUGUCCUUAGAUAAAGAGAACCUACCUCAGUCAUAAAAACUUAGCAGACUGACCAGAGACUAGCUUAGAAAGAAGCAGAGGACAGAAGAAUUGAUGAGUCUUUCUGAAGCCAAUUUUACACUGGAGAUUUUGUUUUCCUACAUUUUUUCUUUUUUUUUUUUUUUUUUGUUGUUGUUGUGUGUUCUAUUUUUUUUAAUUCCAUCGUUCCAUGCAGCUCUGUUCUCUCUGCAGCAACAAAAUCUUUGCUGAAGGGCGAGUUAGUUUGUGGAUAACCAAGCUAACUGUAGGUGUCAGUGAUGCAAGAAAUUGUGGGUGGAACUGUGUCACUCUGUAAAACAUUACUGCAGUUAUCUCGCUGUAACAGGAUUUAUUAGGGAUGAUAUAUCAGCAUUGCAUAUGGAAGUCAUCAAAAUUACUGUACGGCAGCUGUGCCAAAGCAGAUAUAUUUUAAGAAUUCACUGAAAGGAUGAUUAUGCGAUUUUGGUGGUGCUUUUUUUUUUUCUUUUUUUUUUUUCUUGAGUGGUGAGGAUUGGAGCCUAAGGCUAGCUGAGCUGGCCAGCAGAUGAGACUCCAGUCUGAGAGAAGGUGUUUUAUUUCAUUUAGGAUUUCCUUAUAUUUUUUUUCUCAGUAGAAGAAAUGGACAGAGAAGCAUAAAAAAAUCUGUGGUAAAGAACAGUUAUGGAAUGGGACUCAGAUGUGCUGUCAUUCUUUUCCCCCCACAUUUUGGUGUCCUUCUCUCAAAGUAUCAUUUAAUUGCUUCACAUUCUCUUAACAGUUGUUUGUAAUAAAUCUACGUAACAUUUGGCUGUAGUUCUGUACAGAGAGGAGCUAUUGGUUGCGGAAAGCAGAUCACCUCUGCUGCUGUGGUUUGAUUGUUGAGUUAUAAUUGGUCUGCGCUCAUGGCUGCGCUGUUGAUGAACGCUCCUUUUUUCUUUUCCUCUGAAUGAAUCCACCCUGUGUCAAAGAACCAUUCAGAGUACUUUGCUACGGUGGGUUCAACGUGUCUGACACAACGAAACUUAAUGAAGUGUCAAUAAGUGCAACCCCACCAAGCUUCAAGUCAUUGAUUGGAUUACAAAUAGUCCUCUCUGGAACAAGUGGAGCUGCUCCAACCAACAAUCCCCCUCGGCCUCCUUUCAAUGUAGAUAAGGUCACAUCUAUUUGCUGGAAUAGAAUUGGACUUUAAUUGCUACAUGCUGUAGGCUUACAACUAAUAUUCCUCUGCACCUGCACUAGUAUUGUCAGUAUGUGAUUGCUGCUCCUCAGAUAAGGAUACUCGGGCUGCAUGUGCAGGCGUUAGGGUUGUCUGUGGAAAAGGCCAUCAGCAUUUGCUUGAAGAUGACAAAAGGUGUUGCUGUGUUGCUAGAGCUGUUUGCACUUUCAUCUGAUACUUCAUGGCUUAUUUAUUUUUGAAGCCAUCAUGUAGUGAGUAUUAAAGGGUCCCUGACCAUUGUGAUCAGUUCUCCUCAACCAUCUAAUGCGUGGGAAUGUGAAAAUGUGAAACUAUAAAAGCGGCGGUCCUACUCCACUGUGAGACACUUGGGAAGAGAAAAAAGUAGUGACUCAGAUUAGUUCUGCAUUGUAUGCUUCCCUCUCAUCAUCCCUUUGUUGCGGUUUGAUCAGCACAGAAUCAGGUUUGCUUUUACCUUGCUCAAAUGCACAGAGAAGUGACAUUUACACAUUGAUUCGGGGCCUCACUGUUGCAAAUGCAUCAUCUGAUAGGGUUGAUGAUUGGAAAAAGUUGGUCGAGUCGAAUCUGGUCUUCCAUUUUUCUCCUUCUUUUGACACUUUGACAUAACUUACAAAAUCAAUAUACUGAUGAAAAAUGUUUGAUAAUCCACACAAAAUUGAUUGAUGGCACUUUGCCUGUAAUACAUCAGUCUGUCCCUGAAAAGGAUGAAGUGCUUUGAAGCAAAAUAAUGUAAAGAACUCUAAUACCUGUCUUGAACUAGGUAAUUUGUAUUUGUAAGUAACUGCUAUACAUAUAAAAAUGACGUUGUUCAUUUGUUGAUAGGUAUAGAAGGUCAUUAUUUGAAUGGAUCUCCUAAAUUGUCUUUGCCUUAUGGUUAAAGAUGAGGUGGUGCAGGUUGCUUCUGUGGAACUGAGCCAGAUACGUUUGCAGGUUGUUCGGGAGCUGGAGAGAGCUGAGGGUCUGGUCUUUUUGUAGUGGCAUCUCUUAUAAUAAUGCAUAAGGUAGCAUGGGCAGAGGCUUACAAUCCAUGAUGUAAAUGUUUUGUUGUGUUUUUUUUAUAUGUUCAUAUUAAAAGACAAUAAAAUUUAAAUAAUAUUUUA